CUGGGAACAGUCCUUGUCUUAUAUUAGAUACUAUUCAACUCUUCAAAUACCAAAAGUUAGUUCCACUGUUCUGUGCUUUGGCUUUCAGUUAAGUCUUAGAGUUUGGUAUGGCAUUAAAGGUGUCCGCAGAAUGUGAAUAUUGGGAUGGACGGCAAACUCGAGCAAAAACUAAGCUUAAACAGCUUGCUUCUAUAGGGCUUACUGAGAAAUACCAAUAUGAGCAGAAGAAAGAGAAUAUCAUCUGCAAUAAAGUGCUUGCUCCUGCAACUUUCAAAACAUAAGGAACAGAUUUGGGGUCAGUAAAUUAUUCUCUAUUAAUCGGUUAUACUAUCUC